UAUCCCCUUCUUUAUCCCCUUCUUUAUCCCCUUCUUCCUACCAUGGUCGCCGCGUCGAAGCCCGUGAUCCCCCAGAACGACAAUGUCGCCCACGCCCUCGCCGGCGCCGGAGGGGGGAUCCUAUCCAUGGUGUUGACAUACCCGCUCAUCACCCUCUCCACCCGCGCCCAGGUCGAGUCCAAGCGCGCCGAGUCGGCCUUCCUCGAGGCCGCCCGCCGCAUCGUCGCGCGCGAGGGCGCCUCGGGCCUGUACGCCGGCCUGUCGUCGGCCCUCUUCGGCAUCAGCGUCACCAACUUUGUCUACUAUUACUGGUACGAGUGGACCCGCGCCUUCUUCGAGUCAGCCGCCGCCCGCGCCGGCCGCUCGCGCAAGCUCACCACGGUCGAGUCCAUGCUCGCCGGCGCCCUGGCCGGCUCCGCCACCGUCCUCAUCACGAACCCCAUCUGGGUCGUCAACACCCGCAUAACCACCCGCAAGCAGCAGGUUACCGCCGCCGCCAAGGCCCCCGCCGACGAGGAGGCCGCCGUCACUACCGCCGCCGCCCCCGGGUCGGCAGAGAAGCCGGCCGAAGGGGAGGCCACAGCCGCCGCCGAGACCGAUGCCCCCAAGAAGGACGACGAGGGAGCAGCCCGGGAGAAGGCGGUUCAGCAGAAGAGGGAGGCCGUGCCGGGCACCCUGGCCACGCUGCUGGCGCUGCUCCGCCACGAGGGCCCCCAGGCGCUGUUCCGCGGCGUCGUCCCGGCCCUGGUGCUCGUCAUCAACCCCAUCCUGCAGUACACGCUGUUCGAGCAGCUGAAGAACACCGUCGAGAGGCGCCGCCGCGUCACCCCGAUGAUCGCCUUCCUCCUCGGCGCCCUGGGCAAGCUCUUUGCCACUACCAUCACGUACCCCUACAUCACCGUCAAGAGCCAGAUGCACGUCGCCGACAACGGCGCCAAGAAGGAGGGCAUGUCCGAGACCAUCAGCAGGGUCAUCAGGGAGGAAGGCUAUGCCGGUCUUUACAAGGGCAUCGGCCCCAAGGUUAGCCAGAGCGUCCUGACCGCCGCAUUGUUGUUUGCCUUCAAGGAUGUGCUCUAUGAACAGACGGUCCGCCUCCGCGGGACCAUGGCGAAGAAGGCUCUGUCCGGCUGAAAAACGGCUGGCCCCUCACGGAUCCGCAUCACAGAUGCCUCUCCACUGGAGGCAUCAUGUCACACCCAGGGUUGGGGAGGAAAUGUCACCAGAUGGGCUUCUGUGGGCGUGAUUGACAUGCCUGCGUCGACAUCAUCGACUUGGAAGGUCAAUGUGCGAGCACCGCGGCCUCGUCCCACCGACACAGGUCGAGUCGAGGUGAGGUGAGGACGAUGCAAAGUCCCAACAUCGUUUCCCAUUUCUUUCCGCUUUUGUCUUCCUCUUCCCUCUCCCCCAUAUCAGCCAUUUUGUGUCUAUAUGUAGACCUGGAAAAUGCACCUUCUCAAAUAAGCAAGCAUAUAAGCCAAGUAGCAAACCCGGAUUUCUCCUCCGCUCAGUGGCCGGACUGUUGCCCAUCAGGCCCGAGUGAUUCUAGGCACAAUCCACCACUCAUGAUAUCCCUUGUCUGGCUUCGGCACCUCGGCCUUGAGCGCCGAGGAAAGCC